AUGGACGUGGAUAAGCUUCAACCCAUUCCUGGAAUCCCCUUCCCUGAAUACUAUGAAUUCUUUAUGGAUUGGAAGACACCUGUGGCCAUUGCUUCUGUUUAUGCCAUCUGUGUUCACUUGUUUAACCCUUCUACUGCAUCUGCCAAGCUCUCUCGAGUCGAAGCAAAGAACCGUGGUGAGGGUAAUGCUUCAAAAUCAAGCAAACUCAUGACAGCAUUCGUCUUUGUACACAAUUUGAUCCUUUCAGUAUACUCUGGUGUCACUUUUAUCAACAUGGCCCAAAACAUGCACAAGUUGUUCAACCGUGGUUCAUCUAUUCAUGAUGCUUACUGUGAUUUGGAUAGCUUCCUGUGGAAUGAAGGUCUUGGUUACUGGGGUUACCUCUUUUAUCUCUCUAAAUUUUACGAAGUCAUUGAUACCGCCAUCAUCAUCUUGAAGGGCCGUCGUUCUUCUCUCUUGCAAACUUACCACCACUCUGGCGCCAUGAUUACUAUGUGGUCUGGUAUCCGUUAUCAAGCACAACCCAUUUGGAUCUUUGUUGUAUUCAAUUCUCUCAUCCACUCCAUCAUGUACAUGUAUUACGCCUUGACAUCCAUUGGUCUUCAUCCUCCUGGUAAGCGUUACUUGACCUCUAUGCAAAUCUCCCAAUUCUUGGUCGGUAUGUCUACUGCUGUCUCUUAUCUUAUCGUGCCCAACUGUCUAAGAACCCCUGGUCAACAAUUUGCUGUUGCUAUCAAUGUUGGUUAUCUUUUGCCUCUUACUUAUCUUUUUGUUGAUUUUGCUCGCAAGACUUAUGGUAACCGUAAGGCUAAGAAGACCGAGUAA